UAUCCAACCCAAGUAAAAUAUUUUUUGAAUUUUGGUUUACAGUGGAGCGUCAUUAAAACUGGAUAGGUUUCUAGUGAUUAAAGCAAGUGCGAUACAGACCUUCUUCAGGGUGGACGACUUUUCCAACUGUAUUAGCAUAUUGUUGAAGACCAUUUGAGUCCAGCACGCAGGAACGUGUUUUCAGCGGAUUUUGUGAAUAUUCACUGAAUUUAGUCCAUCAUGUCUGCGCUUGGGCAGCUGGUGUUUGAUGAGUUCGGAAAUCCGUUUAUUAUCCUGAAGAAUCAGGAUAGAAAACGUCGAUUGUUUGGAACAGAAGCCUUAAAGUCUCAUAUCAUGGCAGCUAAAAACGUCUACAACACCCUGAAAACAUCGCUUGGACCGAAAGGGCUAGACAAAGUACUCGUGGGACCAGAUGGUGAUGUUACUAUUACGAAUGAUGGAGCGACCAUAAUGAACGAGAUGCGGCCAACGCAUGAAAUAGCUAAAUUGAUGGUUGAUCUGGCGAAAUCUCAAGAUGCUGAAAUCGGCGAUGGCACUACGAGUGUCGUUGUUAUGGCCGGCGCCCUUCUGGAACAGGCCGAGACACUUCUGGAUAAAGGAAUCCAUCCCAUCCGAAUUGCCGACGGAUAUGAAAUGGCAGCACACUUAGCUGUGCAGCAUUUGGAGACCAUUGCCGAAAAUGUUAACUUUUCCAAGGAGAAUCUUGAUUCACUGGUGGAUAUCGCUAAAACUACCUUAGGAUCAAAAGUAGUCAAUCGUUUUCGCCAAGAACUGGCCCAUAUUGCCAUCAAUGCAGUUUUGUCCGUGGCUGACCUGGAACACAAGGACGUUGAUUUUGAACUGAUUAAAAUGGUUACAAAAGUCGGCGCUCGAUUAGAAGACACUAUGCUAAUCAAAGGAGUCCUUGUUGACAAGGACAUGAGCCACCCACAGAUGCCCAAGACUAUAAAAGACGCUAAGAUUGCCAUUUUGACCUGCCCGUUUGAACCGCCGAAACCAAAAACGAAGCACAAGAUCGAUGUGUCAUCUGUUGAAGACUAUCAGAAGCUUCGCGAAUAUGAACAUAAGAAAUUUGAGGAAAUGGUGCAGCAGGUCAAAGAUUGCGGCGCUAAUCUCGUAAUUUGCCAGUGGGGCUUCGAUGACGAAGCUAACCAUCUCCUGCUCCAAAGGGAGUUGCCAGCUGUCCGCUGGGUUGGUGGACCGGAAAUUGAACUUAUUGCCAUCGCUACCGGCGGUAGAAUUGUUCCUCGAUUUGAAGAAUUGAGUUCCGAAAAACUUGGUUUUGCCGGGACAGUCAGAGAAGUUUCCUUUGGUACCGCUAAAGACCGGAUGCUCGUCAUUGAAGGAUGCCCGAAUUCCCGAGCAGUAACGAUCUUCAUUCGCGGUGGCAACAAAAUGAUUGUAGAAGAAGCAAAGCGGAGCAUUCAUGACGCAUUAUGCGUCGUACGCAACUUAGUUCGCGACCCUCGCAUUGUAUACGGUGGUGGAGCGGCUGAUAUUUCGUGUGCGAAUGUGAUUGCUGAGGCGGCCAAUUCCAUUCCUGGAUUGGAACAAUACGCCUACCGAGCAUUUGCCGAUGCGCUGGAAGCAAUUCCUAUGGCCUUAGCCGAGAACAGCGGUCUCGCACCUAUUGAUUCAGUCUCUGAGAUCAAAUCGCGACAGAUAAAGGAGAAGAACCCACGGCUGGGAGUUGACUGCAUGCAUCGAGGAACGAAUGACAUGAAGGAACAGUGCGUGGUGGAAGCGCUGAUUGGGAAGAAGCAACAAAUAUUGUUGGCCACUCAGCUGGUGCGGAUGAUCCUGAAGAUCGACGAUGUUCGCCUUCCUGGUGAAAAGGACGACUAAUUGUGUUGUUGACCAGUUUUGUAAUACUUCAGUGUGUAAUGUGUCACUCUUUCAUCUCUCUACACAGUCCUAACAGUUCUUAUUUUUACUAAGCGCUGCGUUCCAGUUCGUGGUUGAUGUUGUUAGCUUGCUCGUUUCCUAUUCGAUUUUGAUAAAAGAGAACUUAGGA